GAUUGCCAGCGAGCCUCCGCUUCCAGAUCCAACUUCAAGCCCAUCUGUCAGGAAGACACGAAGGCUCGAGUGCAGAAGGUGGGAGACAAACCAGCCACCGUUUAAAGUGUCAAAACAACUCCUCCAAAACUCCUCCACGUCCCAUUUUUAGGACGUUAAGAGGAUUGUGCCCGGGGAACGCUGCAGAGAGAAGACAGCCCCUGAUGUCUUCCAUAGAUGCCACUCGAGUCUUUGACCCGUACGUGCGGGUGAUCCAAGAUGCCAACUUCACCCAGUUGAUCUGGGACAAGUCCUUACUGCAGCCCAUGUGGGAUUACCUGCGCCGACACCACCAGGACACCAUCCGCUCGCCUCUCUUCCCCGUGCUCAUCUCCGUCUCCACCUACUUCAUGGUGUGCACAUUCUACAUGGCGCUGGACUUGCUGGCGCCCAAAUGCCCGGCCAUCAACAGGUACAAGAUCCACCCGGAGCAGCACGUAGCGUGGGCGGACAUCCUCAAGACCCUGUGGCACACGGGGUACAACCACAUUAUCUUCGUCUUCCCGGCCGCCGUGUGCCAGUGGUAUUAUCGCCCCCCCAUCCCAUUGCAAGACGAGGCGCCGCUUCUCUCCGAGUUCCUGGUCGGCAUCUUCGGUUGCACCAUCCUCUUCGACUUCCAAUACUACUUCUGGCACAUGAUGCACCACAAGGUGAGAUGGCUCUACACCACUUUCCACGCCAUCCACCACGAGUACUACGCCCCUUUCUCCUGGUCCACCCAGUAUCUGUCCGCCUGGGAACUGAUCAGCCUGGGGUUCUGGGUCACCCUCGACCCGCUCAUCCUACAGUGCCACCACCUAACCGGCUUCACCUUCAUGGUCUUCAACGUGUGGAUCUCGGUGGACGACCACAGCGGCUACGACUUCCCCUGGGCGCUGCACAACAUCGUCCCGUUCGGGCUGUGGGGAGGAACGGUCACACACGACGCCCACCACCAGAAACCCAAUUGUCACUUCGCCCCUUUCUUCUCCCACUGGGACUGGCUGUGCGGCACUUGCUGUGACACCAAGCACUCGCCAGCCGUGCAGGAGAAGAAGCGGGGCAAAAAGAAGAGACAUGUCUAAGACCAAACAGACAAACAGACAGAGAAAGGAGAGAGAGAAAAUCUCACCAGAACUGUACCUUACCUGCGUGAAACCCAGACGUGGGAUGAGCCCAGAUUGGGGAGGACAGAGAGACUGUCAGUGCAUUGGUAACAAAAAA